AUGGCCGACGCCGCCGCGCUGGUCGCCGUCCCGCCGCAGCCGCAGCAGCGGCACCCGCUGAGCCAGAUCGCGGCGAGCGGCACGCACCGGCUGCUGCUCAAGCAGUGGCUCAAGGAGGAGGACCUGCUGGCCCGCCGCGUCGCGCUCAGGGAGGCGCGCCUCGACGGCGCGCGCAAGGAGAUCGCCUUCCUCUACUGCGCCUUCUUCGCCUUCCACGCCGCCUCCGUCCUCGUCCUCUUCCUCUCCUCCUCCCUCUCCGUCUCCCUCCCCUCCGACCCGCCGUCCCUCUCCUGCUGCCGGUCCUGGAUCCCGUGCCUCGUCUCGCUGCUCGCCUCCCUGGCCAUGCUCUGGGCGCUGCGGUACAAGGCGGACACGGAGGCCGUGCUGGAGCGGGUGCUGGCGCGGGAGCAGGAGGACGCGGCCCUGCUCGGGCGGUGCGUCGCCGAGCUCAAGCGUAAGGGGCUCGAGUUCGACCUGCUCAAGGAGGUCGACGCGCUCCGCAGGGCAAAGAGCCUCCGCGUCGAGGCCAAAGGCGGCGCCGCCGUGGCAGACAGCCCCAGGCGCUGGCCCGCCAGGGACCUCCCCGUAUUCGCGCUCUUCGGGGCCGCCUGCGGCGUCCUCGUGCUCACCAGGUUCCUGCUCUGCAACAACUAG